AUGGCUCAUACACAACAGGAACACACCCUUGCGUCUAUCUGUGCACCUGCCCCCAGUGCCCCCCUCCUUUUCUUGCGUUUACCCCACGUUUCUUCGCACUUUGCUCUUUCCCCCAAACCCCUCCAGAUGGACCUCCUACACAUGUGCGGCCAUGUCAGUGGCGCUCGUGGGCAGCAGAAACAUGCUCCCCUGGUAUCUGUCUGUCUAUUUUGGUCCCCCUCCCCCCCCCCUCAUAUUUCCGUUCCCCCUGCUCUAUUUCACUCCCCCUCUCCAGAUGGACCUCCUACAUGUGUGCGGCCAUGUCAGUGGCGCUCGUGGGCAACAGCAGGAAUGGAAUUUCAACACAUGCUGCACCAGCAGCACGGCAGGAUAGCAGAGUCAUGCUUGUCAGAGCACCUCGCAAUCCAAGAGGAACCCUGCCACACCACCUUGUGUCUCCUUGCCAUUUUCUUUCCCUCCCUCCCUCCCUCCCUCUCUCCGUCCGUCCCUCCGUGCCUCCCUCUCGCUCUCCUUCCCUCCCUCUUUCCCUCCCUCCCUCCUUCUUUCCCUCCCUCCCUCCCUCUUUCCCUCCCUCCCUACCUCCUUUCCUUGGUCCCUCACAAGCCUACAUCUCUUCUUCAUCUCAUCCUCUCCCCACCUCUCUCCCCUCCUCAGCCUACAUGUGUUAUGGGAAAUGUAGGCACCAAUUGA